GCAGCAGCAAAUACUCGAGGACAGUGACAUUGUUUAGCUGUUUAGCUGUGUGUGACGCUGCUGCCACUUUUCAGCUGUAGCUGUGUAGCUGUGUAGCUGAAGACUCUUCAACUCGGCAUGGGUGACCUGCAAGCAACAAUUGAAUUUUCCGUUGAGCUCUAUAAAUUCUUCAAUGUUGACUUAUUUCAAAGAGGCCUCUAUCAGGUGCGUUGCGGUCUGCGCGUCUCACCGCGUUUACCUGUUCAAGUGGAGACCAGCAUAGCCGACAACACUCCACACACGACACAGCACACGAACACACACACAGCGGAAGUGCACACACAGGCGCAGACAGCAACCACAGUGAAUGGUUGUAAUGGCGUCGGCAGCGCUAGCGUUGGUGUUGGGGGUGGCGAUAGCAGUGGUGGUGAUGGUGGCGUCAGCGAUGGUGAUAUGCUACAAGAGCAACGUGAACGUGAACAACAGCAACAGGAUGCGUUGCCAUCAAACAUAUUGCAGAACGGCGGCAGCCUAUUGUCGGGAUCUGCAUGCAUAAUUAACGGUUGUGGUGCAUCGCGUGUCUUUCAGAUUCUCUACCGGAAUGAGGAAGUGACGCUGCGCGAUGUUAUUCAUUUUCGCACACAUUUAUUGGUCGACAGCCGUCACUUGAAGGAGUCCAUUGAACGUGCGGAAUUCUCAUUGCAUUUGGAGUUGUGGUUUGGUGAACAAAACGGCUCCAGCGCCUUAUCAUUGGCCUCCACGCGCACCUUACAGCUGAAUUUCCAUCCAGGUCGAGGGCUACACUACCAUCUGCCAGUGCUGUUCGAUUACUUCCACUUGGCCGCCAUUAGUGUGGGCAUUCAUGCCAGUUUGGUGGCAUUGCAUCAGCCCUACAUAAACGCACCAAAAAGCUCAAAAGCUUGGAGCGGCAAAUUGAACUGUCGCGGCAGCAUGUCGCCCGGUCCCUUGGAGGCGGUAUUUUUCGGACCACAAAUUGUGGGCACAACCAAGUGCAGCGGUGGACCUGCCGGCCGACUUUUACAAUCCCGUCAAAUACAUCAUGAAGUGUGUAGUCUACUGCUGGGCGCCAUCGAAAACCUCAAGGUGACACUCAACGAAUUUAGCGCUGUGCUUCCGAAGAGCAUAAAUAAUCAAAUCGGCUCACCACCGCUACGUGAAAAUGACACCACUGAGCGUCUGCAGCAUUUGACUGAGGAGGCGAAGCUGCACGAUACCGAAGAGGAUUUCGCCAUUCGCGCCAACUCGGACAUUGCACAGCUGUGCGCCGAGUGCAUCAUGUACUGGCGUCGUGUACUGCUCGCCUCCACACAACCGGCCGUACAUACACUGCUCGCGAAAAAGCAUCAUAUACUCCGUGUACAACGCUUCGCUGAGGGUUUCUUCGUCAACGAAAAUCCGCGACACUCCGCGGCGGGUUGCUACGACAGCAACUAUCAGAAUUAUGUCGCUAUUGCGGAAAUGGCGCGUCGCAGUCGUUACUUGCAGUCAUUGCCGCCACUGCCGGUACACUGUACGCCCAUAGAUGGUGAUGCCAGCUCCUUGCCUUUGAUAUUUGAAGAUCGUUAUGUUGAACCACCGAGUUAUACGCGCCGACGUACAGGCAGUGAUCCGCACUUAAAUAGUCAUGAAAGUUUGGGGAGCUCUUGUGGUAGCAUUACGACGCCUAAACCACCGCCGCCGCCACAACCUCAACAGCAACAGUCAGCCGGUAUGCACGAUAAAACGCACUCGGUGAAUAGUCUAAGUGGUCGCAGUACGAACUCGAAAGAAUGUUCUUGCACGCUAAAUUACGAUUAUCAAAGCAGUCCUGGCUGUGUUGCUGGUGUGCUCACGCCACGUUUCGCGUUGGGUGGUGAAAUUUUACAAGCCAGCUUGACCAUAGCUACAACAGCGGCGGCAAAAGCACCAAGCACUAGUGCGCUUAAUCAGCGACAGAUGUCGCGUCAUUCCGUUACCGGAUUGCUCGAGGAUGACAGUGAUGCCGUCGCGCCGAAAGAAUACAAUUAUAAUACGAAUGGCACUCUACCGGCGCGUCACAGCAAAUCGCUGGACCAAUUAGAUGGCACCGUGCAUAGUACACCAUCCUUGCGUACACACAGCCAUACGCAACAGCUCAAUACGCAUGGCUCACUGCAAACACAAUCCGAUAUGAACUGCAAACAUUUCAGUGAUGGCGCUAGCGCAACCAGUUUGGCUAACAAAAUGGAGCAGUCAGCCACACGUAAGCACAAGGCGCAGGCCGAAGAUCUCAUGCGUAACAUCUCCGAGUUUCGUCAGAAGUACAAGAACUCCGAGGAUGGCGUGUGCUGUGAAGGCAAAUUGCAUUUAAACGGGAACGGUGUAGCGCCAAACAACGCAAGCGUGAAUGGCCGUAGUCGCACGACGGUCAACACGCUUAACCGACAGUUAAGCACUGGCAAGUUCGAUUAUCUACAUGAGAUACGCAUGUUGAAUACGCCAAAACAGCUGACGCUUUGUACGCACUACAAUUCAUUGCCAAAGUAUAACGGUAAUGGUUUGAUACCACCACGUAACUCCUAUCCGCCCAUACAGUCCAAGAAAAUGAAUGGCUGCCUGGAGAACGGCACUAAAGUCGCUAAGCCUACAUCAACACCGAUGCGGCAACAACACACCAUACCGCGCAGCAACUCUUCGCAAGCAUUGCGCCAACAGGCCCAAGGCGAUGGUAGCAUACAGGCAGAUUAUUCGUCAACAAUUCCGCGUUCCGUGGAAAUAGCACGCGUGCGUGUCUCCGAUCUCAAAGAAAUGUUAAAGAACGGUAAACUCAAGAAAGAGUCUAGCAGCUCUGAAAGUGAUAUACCCUCCAAAGUGCAGUCAUCCAAGAGUAGCGACAACAAAAUGCUUUCAUCACUCAGUGUGCCAUUCAAGUUGGAGUCUCUGAACAACACGACAAGCAGCGAGCAGAAUACGAGUGGUUUCAGUGAAUCGCUACCAAAUCUAGCGCCACCACCACAAUUCGAUGCCGGUUCGGAUCAAACAAAAAGAAAACUUAUACUCAGCAAUUCCACUUCGUCACUAAGUGAAGAGAGCGGUUGGGUCUCUAGUCGGCGUAGCUCAUUGGGGCCCUCGAGUCCCGAAACAAUAACCAAUAAUGAGAAAAACGAAAACAAUGAACAAGCACAUAUCAAUGGCAUGGAGACACGUCUGAAUGGUGAGCAGCUGCGCCUCAAAUUACAACAACUAUUAGAUCAACAAAACCAAAAGAGCAUCAAGAAACAUAAUUCAGUCAAACAUUCGACACAAACUCAUAAAAUCAGUACAGUUAACCAAGAAAUAUCGAUACAACGCAAAGUGUCAUCUGUCACGCUGAAAAUGAAGCCCGACUUUAAUAGAACCGAAAUGCAUUUACGACGUCGCAUUCAGCAUUUACCGAACGGCGAAUCGACGGAGACGGACGACUUGGAAGUUCCUCAACGACGUGAACGCUCAAAGCACGGCAGACAUGAAAAAUCGAAAUCAGAUUUCGAUUUAGUUAGUUUAAAAGAGAAUACACCGUUAGAAAAUGUACGAGUACCGCCGCCACAGCAAUUCCAAGAUGAUUUACUACCGCCGGACGAAUUUCGAGAUCCACCCGUGAUGGGUAUACAUGAAAAGCGUGAUGCAAAAGCCACAAACUGUAUGAAUGCAACCAACUCAGUAGCAAAUAAAGUUGCGAACGGCAAGAAAUUUGUUACUUCACAGUCCAUUGCGUCGAAAACUCAGGCAGAUAACGAUAGCACGAAAGCACUGAUGUUAACACAAGUACCCAAACCGAAAUUGAAACAUCAUCAAAGCUUCAACAUUAGUCCAAAACGGAACCAGAAUCGUCCAGCGCAUAACUCGGCCGCGCAAACUAAAACUCAAUUACUUUUGCAGCAAUCUUCUUCACCCACCACCACACUCGUUGUUACACCGUCCCAACUCAAAGAUAUUGCCGCACAGGAUCAAAAUCUUUUGGAGCUAUUAGAGCCCUCACACGCUAUAGACAACCCGGUUUACCACAUAUACGAAUCGCUGAAACCCAUAGCCACGCCUGCCAUAUUCACAAAUAAACCCUUGUUGAAGUCGCAUAGCAUCUUGGAGCUGAAGCAUAGCCACCAACCACCUGGCGAGCUCUUCAGCAACAGCCAUUGUCGGACAACAGCACAUCAUCACAUUGCAAACGUUAACAAUACAAUUGGACGUCAAGCCCACAAUGGACACAGUCACACUCACAAUCACAGUCACGAACACGACAGUGAUCACGCAAAACGCACGCAUUCCGUGGACCUCACUGAAGAUGAGGAUAAGGAGAACACUAGUAGCGCACAAAAUAAAGCAAUGGUGACACGCACCGACAGCCAAAAGUCGAACAAUUCCAAGUUAUUGGUGAAACGCGCAACAAAAACCGCUGGACUCACCACAGUCACCAACACUAGUCAAGAGACGAAUGUAUCGUUAAUGGAAUUCGAAAAAUAUCGCGAGGAAUUUCGUAAACAAAUCAAAUAUACCGGUAGCAUUUAUUCGGACUUUGCGAAACUAACAUCCGAACUGCCAUACUUUAGCAUUUGCGAUGAGUAUCGCGCCUUUUCGCCCAACGGUAUGCAUUUAAUUAUCUGUGUUCAUGGUUUGGAUGGCAACGCAGCUGAUUUGCGUCUCGUGCGCACCUAUCUUGAGCUUGGUUUGCCGGGCGCAAAUUUAGAGUUUCUAAUGUCGGAACGUAAUCAAGGCGACACAUUUUCAGACUUUGAAACAAUGACGGAUCGGCUCGUCGCUGAAAUACUAUAUCAUAUUGAAACUUGUGGUCUGAAUCCGACGCGCAUCUCCUUUGUCGCACACUCUUUGGGUACGAUUAUAGUGCGUAGUGCUUUGGCGCGGUCUCAAAUGCGUCCACUACUGCCACGCCUACACACAUUUCUGUCACUGUCCGGACCACACUUGGGCACACUUUACAACACGAGUGGUCUGGUAAAUAUGGGCAUGUGGUUCAUGCAAAAGUGGAAGAAAUCCGGCUCACUGCUACAGCUCUGCAUGCGCGACACUUCGGAUCUGCGCAAUACGUUUCUUUAUCGCCUCAGUCAGCGCAGUACGUUGCAUCACUUUAAAAAUAUACUACUCUGUGGCUCGAGUCAGGAUCGCUAUGUACCAGCACAUUCAGCGCGUCUGGAACUCUGUAAGGCGGCCAUACGUGAUAAUUCCAAUUUAGGCACUGUUUACAGGGAAAUGAUACACAACAUAAUCGCACCGAUAUUGGCACGUCCUGAAUUACAAUUGGCGCGUUACGAUGUCCAUCACGCACUUCCGCAUACAGCAAAUACGCUCAUCGGUAGAGCAGCGCACAUUGCUGUACUCGACUCGGAAUUAUUUAUAGAGAAAUUUUUACUCAUCGCCGGUCUAAAAUAUUUCAGUUAACCUAGUGGUCACGUAGAAAAGCUCUUAAUGUUAAGGAGUAACAAACAAAGAAUGUACUGAAAAUCUAGAUCGAAUUAGGCAAAGACUUAGAUUUUAGUUGUCAUAGUUGUUGGUGCACGCUUAGAAAUGGCUGAGUAGUUAAGUAGACAAAGGAAGACACUAUAAAUGAUUAAAGGAUUUGAAAAUUUCAUAGGCAUGCAUUAGAAAUUUUAACAAAUUGUUAUUAUUUUUUAUAAAACCAUCAAAACUAUUUUAAUAGU